CUCUCUGCCUGUUAACGAUGCAGAAAGAGAGAGAAAAAGGCCGGGCGGGGUGGGUAAGCAAGAAAUACACACACGCAGCAAGUGGCAAUGGCGUUGAGACUUCCCACUCAGCUAGCGACACGUGGCACAUUCCACCACCACAACCACACCAAAACCACCACCUGCACCUCGCUGUCAUGGCGGCGGGUACUAUCACCGGACGAUCGACUCCCCUCUUCCACCUCGCUCGCCACCAAGAAAUCGCACGUGCAACAAUUGGUAACGUGCAGUGCUAGUGGAGCUGCUCAGGCAGUGAAUUUGGCUCCAGGGACUCCCGUAAGACCGACAAGCAUACUAGUGGUUGGUGCCACGGGGACUCUAGGAAGACAAAUCGUGAGACGCGCACUCGAUGAAGGGUACGAUGUAAGGUGCCUUGUCAGACCAAGACCCACUCCUGCCGACUUCCUCCGUGACUGGGGCGCAACUGUUGUCAACGCAGACCUUACUAAACCAGAGACAAUACCUGCAACAUUGGUUGGUAUCCAUACAGUUAUCGAUUGUGCUACGGGCCGUCCAGAAGAGCCCAUCAAAACGGUAGAUUGGGAAGGAAAAGUUGCUCUUAUACAAUGUGCAAAAGCAAUGGGGAUUCAGAAAUAUGUAUUCUAUUCUAUUCACAAUUGUGAUAAGCAUCCUGAAGUUCCAUUGAUGGAGAUCAAAUAUUGCACUGAAAAGUUCCUUCAGGACUCUGGCUUAAACCACGUCAUAAUCCGGUUAUGCGGUUUCAUGCAAGGGCUCAUUGGGCAAUAUGCAGUACCUAUACUGGAAGAGAAGUCUGUGUGGGGGACAGAUGCUCCAACGAGAAUCGCUUACAUGGAUACACAGGAUAUAGCUCGAUUGACAUUUAUAGCUUUACGCAAUGAGAACAUUAAUGGCAAGCUUCUCACAUUCGCUGGUCCUCGUGCUUGGACAACCCAAGAGGUGAUAGCAUUGUGUGAGAGACUCGCAGGGCAAGAUGCAAAUGUUACCAUAGUUCCAGUUUCCAUCUUAAGAUUUACUCGCCAGCUGACUCGAUUUUUCGAAUGGACAAAUGAUGUCGCUGAUAGAUUGGCAUUUUCAGAGGUUCUUACAAGUGACACUGUUUUCUCGGCUCCAAUGACAGAGACUUAUAGUCUUCUUGGUGUCGAUUCAAAAGAUAUAGUCACACUGGAAACGUAUCUUCAGGAUUACUUCACAAACAUUUUGAAGAAACUGAAAGACAUCAAAGCACAAUCAAAGCAAACUGACAUCUUUUUUUGAUGGAAGACCUACUUGUAAGUACUCUGUAACUUGUGUUUUAUUAUUUAUAGACAAGAUACAAACAAGAGCUGAAACCAAUGCAAGGUAUUCGGAUUUUCACUCGGAUUUCCUAUAUUCUCACAUUUCCUUUUUCUCAA